CUAAGCGUCGGGUGGAGGGCUAUCAGAACCAGCGUCGCAACCAACGGGUACGUACCCGAUGGGUACUGGCCACCCGUACCCGCACCCGCUAGGUCAAAAUCUAUUCCAUCGGGUUACCCGCGAAAGCAGACGGACUCCUCGCCUCCUCCGUGACCCCCCGCUCCAGUACACCGUCGUGUCGCGAUUCACGGCACCGGUGCUCGUGCUCCACGCGCUGGAACAAACAAACCUAACAGUGGGACUGGGUGCGUCACCCGACAGCGACGACGCGCGCGCGAUGCCAGGUACAUCUUCUCUCCCCCACCCCUUCUGCCCACCUCUCCUUCAGAUCGUCGCUCGCUCCACUCGGACCACUCCAAGUCCCAGCGACCCAGCCCGCGCGGAGGCCGGAGCAUCGCACCGGCACCAGCACCGCACGCACGCCGCGGCGCGCAACCGCCCAGCCUCUCGUGCGCGCGCGAGCGCACAGAGCACAGCAAGCAACCCGAUGGCGCUCCUGGUGCUGCGAGGCUGCGCCACGCCAGCCGUCCACGCGGCCCCGGCGGCGGGGUCCCGGCUGCUCCCGCCGCCGCUGCGGCGGCGGAGGCUCGUGGCCGUCGCUUCGACAGCCUCCUCCGCGCCGUCCGGCGAGGUGGCGUCGUCGUCCCAGCACGGCCGCGAGUACGGGAUCGUGGGCGGGCCCAACGGCAACGCCGUCGCUCCCGCUACCGCCACCAAGUCCACCGUCAUCGAGACCACCGUCGAGAGGGUGAUCUUCGAUUUCCGGUUCCUGGCACUCCUCGCCGUCGCCGGGUCACUCGCCGGCUCCCUCCUGUGCUUCCUCAAUGGCUGUGUCUUCAUCAAAGAGGCAUACCAGGUUUAUUGGUCGAGCUGUGUUAAGGGGAUUCAUACGGGGCAGAUGGUCCUCAAAGUCGUCGAGGCCAUCGAUGUGUAUCUUGCUGGAACAGUCAUGUUGAUUUUUGGGAUGGGUCUUUACGGUCUCUUCAUCAGCAACGCUUCCUCAGAUGUUCCUUCUGCAUCUGACCGUGCGCUGAGUGGAUCGUCUCUGUUCGGGAUGUUCGCUUUGAAGGAACGCCCGAAGUGGAUGAAGAUCACCUCCCUUGACGAGCUCAAGACAAAAGUGGGGCAUGUCAUCGUGAUGAUUCUGCUUGUGAAAAUGUUCGAGAGAAGCAAGAUGGUGACAAUAGCCACGGGGCUGGACCUCCUCAGCUACUCGAUUUGCAUCUUCUUGUCGUCAGCUUCUCUGUACAUACUGCAUAUGCUCCACAAGGGCGACCCUGAGGACGAGGAGAGUGCAAUGCCAAAUUUGUAACUCCUUAACAUUGUGACCAGAUCAGAUUUGUUGUAGCUAUUGAAGGAACUUGAAAUUUUGUGUUCGAUUAUCGAUCUCCUAACCUCUGAUUUCUGCAUGAUCAUAGCAUAGUCGUCACUUGCUUCAGUUAAAACAAAAGAGAUACUGGUCACUUUGGUUCAGCUGCCAUGUGCCCCCUGGACCAAAAUGUCAGUGGGAAAGGGUGUCACCUGACAUGCCCUUUCUAAGGUUCUGGUCCUGAACUCAGACUACCAAAGAAAUUAGGUUAUGUUUUCUCUAUGGUCUGUAUAUACUAUGGUUUUAUUUCGGAGUGAUUGAGGAAACUUUCAUUUUUGUUUA